CACAAAGUCAGGUCACAAACCUACGCUCAAGUUGAAGACAGCGCGAGAACACAGGUAACUAAAAAAAAACAUAACUGGAAAAUAAAUAAAUAAAAAAACAAAAUCAUCGUUAAUUUUUAGGCCUUUACUCAUCAAUCCAGCUAGCCUUCUAACCUCUGCCACCAGAAAAAGAAACAAUUUGACAGAUUCAUUCAUUAGAAGAAGAAGACAACAAUCCAUCUUCUUCUCCCCAUUCCUCGUUUCAAUUUUGCAGAUCUCGUCUCCUUCUCGAUUUAUUAUUAAUAUAGAGAUGGCAAGUUCAAAGGGGUCUCAGAAUCAUAGAAAUCUGGGAUGCAAUGGGAAACAAGCUUUACUGCCUCCGAAAAGUCCGUUUACGGGUGGUCCAACGUUUAGUGCAGAUUUUGUUCCAAGUAGUGUGAUUGGAUCCAAGGCUGUUCAGAAGCUUGGAGAAGGAAAUGCCAAUCAUCAUCGAACUUCAUCUGAGAGUUUUCUUAUUGAGGAACAGCCUUCUUGGCUUGACGAUCUUCUCAACGAACCUGAAACACCUGUACGGAAAGGAGGGCAUCGACGGUCAUCGAGUGAUUCAUUUGCAUAUGUAGAUGUUCCUGUUGGUUUUGAUGUUGAUUACACGCUUUGGGAUGGUGGUAGAUAUAAUAACAAUAAUGGUUUCUCUAAUCACGUUAGAGGUCCCAAGGAGUCUGAUUACCUUAGAAGCCAGCCUGUUCCUUUCUACCCUUCAGCUCAUUUGUCCAAACAGAAAAUAAGACCGUGGGAUUCAUUACCAGAUUCCGGUGCUCGCCCGAACAGUAGUUCUGGUUGUUUGGAGAGUAGCUCUAUCACAAGAUCAGGGUCUUCUGGUAGCCUACGUGAUACAGAAAAGGCUUAUUCUGCUGCUGAUAGCAAGAAAGAUUUCAUAAAUAAUUUCGCAAAGUCGUCAUUCGAAAAACGGGAUAAUCCUCUGGCUAAGUCUGCUACUUCCGAGGCUGAUACGAAACGUGCUAGACAGCAGUUUGCACAGCGCUCUCGAGUCCGUAAAAUUCAGUACAUAGCUGAACUGGAAAGGAACGUUCAGAUGUUACAAGUAUAG